ACAUCUGUGUUUCUAUUCCACCGUUCCAACGUAAACUGAUUGCGUGGAAAAACAAUUGAUAGCCUGAAGUAUCUACAUCAUGGUGUCUGGAGAUGCGGCUGUGACAAAGUCCCCAAAGGCCGUAGCUUCCGAAGAUGACGACUAUUCGGCGUCGAUGUCGCACCUCCCUAUUGGUCAGCAGAUCCAGGAGCUGUCGAAGCAACUGCAGCACACCACCGAGGAGCUCCACCAGCAAGUUCGGGAUAAGCACGGAGCCCUUCUUCAGCAGGCCACACAUGCCGGAAGGUUCGAUGCCGCGCUGAACACGUUGGCGGAGGAUGUCCAGAGGGUGAGGGAGACGGGACACCGCCUGAAGAGCCAGGUGGACACCCAGUAUCAACAGGUGGAAAACCAGACUCAAGUACUUGGUCGCCUCCACGAUGUCAGUCACCUCUUGCGAUCUGCUGGAACACUUUUGAGCCUCACCGCCAAGUUGAAGAGCACCAAAGAUGUUCUCCGCCAAGCGGAACUGCAUUUUGAGCUGGGCCAGCUUAUCGAGGAUAAGGACCUCAAGGACAUAGAGUUCAUACAGCAGGAGCGGGCGUAUGUGAUCAGCUCGGGUCAAAAGAUUAGAAACCUCACGCAGAUGCAGCUGGUCACAGGGCUGCAGGAGCGAAAUCAAAAUCAAGUUGUUAAUGCCCUGAAGAUCUUUAUGAACUUCAACACCCUAGAAAAGUCGUUAGACAAUCUCCUGGCCACCUUCAUUGCGGACAUGGAGCAAUCCCUCAAGGAGUGCUUUGCUGGCAACGACAUCUCCGUCCUCAACAAGUCACCCACGCACAAUGUUAGCAAACCAGCCGCAGUUCGAGGUCCUGGAAAGACCCCUCAACUGACCACCACCCAGAACUUCCGAGCCAAGUUCUGGAAGUCUCUGCACUGGCUGCUGUAUGACGAACUCUACGAAUCAUGUACCCAGAUCAAGUUGCUGAAGGCUGCUCUGGAGCAGAUUAACCAGUUUGGAUACACUUCAGAGUCCUCGGAUCAGUGUAUUCCGCAGCGGUUCUGGCAACAGGUGCAGCAGCUUCUGCGAAAAUCGUUUGAUGAAUGCCCCCAGCACGUGACACAGACGCUCCAGGAGGGACUAUCCAAACUGCUGACAUCCGCCAGGGGCUUGGAGAAAAGAUUGAAUGGCGAAUUUCAGUUCGACAACGAGCUGUUCGCCCCCCUGGAAGUGGGCUACGUGGGCAAGUGCGCUGCAAACCUGAAAGCCUGUCUGGCCGGCGUCGACUUGCCAGGAAACGAGACCGUGGACAACUUCAUCCGCGUGGCCUCUACCGAACUUAGUGCGGCCCUGAUCGAUUCCCGUCUCACGAACUCCAUAGCGAACGUUUUCGUGGCCUGUGGCAAGGAGCUGUGUACCAAAUUAGAGGCCCAAAUCAAGCUGGGAGCCGAUUCCAAACAGGUGGUGGACCUCCCCAAUCUCCAGCAGCAGCAGAACACGCAGCUGGCCAACGUUCUCUACUACUACAAGGACUCUGUGCGCCGCAUGCUAAGCGAUUUGCAAGUGCAGUUUGAGAAGACUCCAGGCACGUCAAAGGACAACAUCCUCCAAUCCCUGGAACAGGCGGAUCUCCUCAUUGGCACAAUCUUGCAGCAGAUCAUGGAGUCAAUUAUAACGACCAUUAGUAUCAUUAUAUUAAGCAUGCACCGAGAGCCAGGACUAAACUCCGAGAGGUUAUCCACCACAGGGGCAUCGAUGUACAUGAAGGAGCUCCAGGAGUUCAUCAACCGAUCCUGGUCGCAUCACAUUUCCCUCUUCGAUGACAAGCAGAUGACCACAAAGUGCGGUCAUGAGCUGGCCAAGCGUUGCAUCGAGUUGUUCCUGCACAACAUCAGCAUCCUGCGCCCCUUGAGUGCCGCGGGAAGGCAGCGCCUUAAGCAGGAUUGCCAGCACAUGGAGCAGGCCCUGAAGCCCCUUUGCCUUAAUCUUGCCGAGCUGGGAAAACCUUCGCGCCUGCUGAGAGCCAUGUCGCUGCUGAUCGUGCAAACGCCACAAGAGCUGGUGAAGCAGACUGUCGGAGAGGAUUCCCUGGUGCCCAGCUACAUAGUGCUGCUUCUGCUCUUCGGCCAUGCUGGAGCGGAUUUGCAGUCACCCCACACCACAGCCAAUUGGUCCAACGAGCGUUUGAUUGAAUGGCUGGAUGGACACACGGCGGAGCGGGAGAAGCUGGAGCUCAUCUCUGGAGCAUUGCAGCGGUACCGCGACAAUGCCAGGCGCAAGAACAUCCAGCAGUAUGACGAAGUCUACCCAAUGAUGGUGGAGUACUUUGAGCAGGCCUUGAAGGCGAUUCCAUAA